UUACUAAUUUUGAUGCGAUAAUUAUUAUCAUAAUCAAUCAAAAUGGCUCAUCAAUGUUCAUGGAUUGCCAGUGCGUCAUACAGAAGCAGAAUGCAUGCCGAAGUUUUACAAUGAGCAUUGGUCAAUCCAUCUUGGAAAGCUUUAUUCUCGACUCUUUACAGUCAAGAUAUUAUGCUUUUUCCAGAACAUGUAGCCACCAAACAGGAAUGCCCAUCAUUGCAGGUACAAAAUUACGCCGAUGUUUUUUGUCUCAACAAAAAACAUUGCGUGGGUUUUAUAGCUCAUCAAUACACCAUCGCUAAAAUUGAAAUCACAGGUUAUCCGCACGGUGCAGCUUUGAAGUUUUAGCGAGCAAACAAGGAAUCUAGUACGGGAGCCAAUGAUAAUUAAGCUGAGACUGUGGUCAAGCAGACGAGAGGAGCGAAAGCGAGCGGGUAAAUGGCUGCUGAGAAGCGGUGGUUUUUCACCAAGGAGCAACUAGAGAACUCACCCUCGCGGCGGUGCGGCUAUGACGCGGCCAAGGAGCUCUCGUGCCGGCAGCAGGCGGCCAACCUGAUCCAGGACAUGGGGCAGCGGCUCCACGUGAACCAGCUGUGCAUCAACACGGCCAUGGUCUACAUGCACCGCUUCUUCGUCUUCCACUCCUUCACCCACUUCCACAGGAACCACAUGGCGACGGCGGCGCUCUUCCUCGCCUGCAAGGUGGAGGAGCAGCCGCGGAAGCUCGAGUACGUCAUCAAGGUGUCGCAGCUCUGCCUCAUGAAGAACCACCAGCACCAGCCGCUGGACGUCCGCUCGGAGGAGUACCUCCAGCAGGCGGCCGACCUCGUCAUGAACGAGAACGUCCUCCUCCAGACGCUCGGCUUCGACGUGGGCAUCGACCACCCGCACACGCACAUCGUCCGCUGUUGCCACCUCGUCCGGGCCAGCAAGGACCUCGCCCAGACCUCCUACUUCAUGGCCACCAACAGCUUGCACCUGACCACAAUGUGCCUUCAGUACAAGCCCACGGUCGUCGCCUGCUUCUGCAUCCACCUGGCCUGCAAGUGGUCCAACUGGGAGAUCCCGCAGAGCAACGAAGGGAAGCCCUGGUUCUGGUACGUCGACAAAACCGUUACCCUCCAGCUCCUCGAGCAACUCACCUCCGAGUUCCUGUCCAUAUUCGACAAGUGUCCCUCCCGGCUCAAGAAACGCAUCUACCAGCAAAACAGUACGCAGAACUCCCUGUCGCACCAGAAUUUCUCGUUGGACAUGGACGCGUCGCGGAAGAGCUUGUCGAGCACCAACUCCGGGGUGAGCUUCCAGCAGCCGAUCAGUUUAGCAGAUCAAGCGCAGAGUUCGUCCAACGUCGGUGGUGGCAGCACCAUGGACAAGCGACGCGAGAGGGAGCAUGCCAACAUCGCCAACUUGCGGCAGUCGUACAUGCAGCCUGCGUCAGUGUCCUCUAGUCUUCACAAAAAAACGACGCAGUCUCAGUCGCAUUCGGCUCACAAAGAAUCCUUUGCUAGUCAUAUGAAUCCUGUCAAGCACGAGCAGCAGCAGCAGUUGCAGCAUCAGCUACUGCAACAACAACAGCAGCAGCAACAACAGCAACCUAUGCCCCAACAACAACCGGAGGUGAAACCUCACGCGAAUGCAUUGCAUCAGCAUCCUUAUCCCCCCUCUCAUCAGCAUCAGCAGCAGCAUCAUUUAAGCGGUCGGCAAAACUCAGUAGGACCCGUCAAAGUGAAACUGGAACCUGGACUCCAGAAAAUGAAUUUAGUGCCUUCACAAGAAACAGAGCAGCACAGUAGUGAUAAAGCAGGUAAAGUAGCUCAUAUGCCUUCGCUAAGUCGUAGCGGGGGAGGAUAUCCUCGGAACGGAACCCUUUCUCACCCCCCGGAGCUUGAAACGAGGGAGCUCAUUAAAAAAGAACCGGUAGAUAGUCAACAAAACGUCAAUUCCUAUCCAAGAAUCAAGUCAGAGCCUGUCUCUAAUUCUAAUUCCCACUAUCAAAAGCAUAGUAAUUCAAGUUCCAGCAUUUCAAGUUCACAAUCGUCGGACGUGAUCAGCUCCGUUCUGAAAGAAGUAACUAGCUCUAGUUUCACGAGUGACUCCUCUCUAAGUCAACUAAGUCAAAAUAGUGUUCAAAGCCAACAAGAGACUGUUAAAGUCAAACAAGAAAGACUGUCUCCUGUUCAAACUGCACCGCAGAAAUCCCACUCAAUUUUCAGCCCAGAGUUCAGAUCUCCUCCGAAGUAUGAAUCAAGUCUAGCGCAUAAUGUCAAAAAAGAACCUAGUGAAGAAGUGAAAAAGUCUCAUGAGCCAAUCGCUCCAGCAACCCCUGUAACCCCAACAACCCCUACCAAUAGUCACAGAAGACCACCCCUAGCGAAUACUCCGGAACUAGUGCCUGUUGUCCCUAGACUAGAAAGUAUAUCUGGAUUUAAGAACAUUAUUGACAAGAACAAAAUGUCUGUCACGCUGUCAAACGAUAUUGCAAACUCAACGUAUGUUCCUACCAACAACUCUGCCUCUAUCAGUUCUGCGACUAAUGUAGAUUACAGAUCAGAGGAUGAGAGUAUUGAUGAUAGAUUUCCUAGUGCCACAAAUGCUGAGAAUCAGCAUUUCGUCAAAGGCGAAUCAUCUAGUAAUAAUUCAGUACCUCCUAUAACUAUAAGUGGUAGUAGUCACCAUAAAAAGAAGAAAAAGAAUAAAGAUAAAGAUAAGGAGAAAAGUAAGCAUCAUGAGCAUAAAUCAGAGCACAAGAAGCAUCGAAAGAAACACAAAGAGAAAGAUAAAAGAAGAGACAAGGAAAAGGAUUCGUCUAAUGACUCUAAACAUAAAAUUACUAAUGACCAAUCAACCUAUGAACCUAUCAAAAUAACCAUCCCGAAAAAUAAGUUGGGUGGCUCACUUCCUUCUACGAGUAGUUUGAAAAUGAAAUUGAGUACUGUAACUGAUGACAGGCAGAAAGAUAGGCAUAAAGAAAGGGAUAGAGAUAGAGACAGAGACUAUGAACGAGAAAGAGACAAAAGUAGGGAGCAGGAAGGAGAUUAUAAUCCUAUAAAGAUAAAAAUUAGCAAAGACCUUUUGCAGCCGAAAAAUUCAUCUAGGAAACGUGAAAGGAGCCAUGAUAGUUACAACAGUUCUUCGUCUUCUGCACCGCCCAGUAAAAAAUACUUCCAGGAGUAAAUUUUUGUUAAUAUCCAGUUUCUUUUUAGAUCAUCUUUUCAUUACCUCCAAUGUUUUUCUUCUUGCUUGUAAAAGAGAUUGUUUACUCAGCCUUUUCUAAACAAAUAACUUCAAAGUUGUUAGUAAAUUCUGUUCAUGCCUAUUAUGAUGAGGAGAAAAGUAUAAUAUUGAAGAAUUGAAGCCUUAUGUUCUUACACUAUUUAUCUCAGUUUGAAUUUAAAAGGAAUAAGCUGAUAUAUUUUUCUUUUCCCUUCUAUUUGAAUAAUUUUUUUUUUUAUUUUCUUUUCGAAAAGUUACUCCCUUAAUGCUCAACAUUAUUAAUCUAUAUGAUCACAAAUAUUUAUUGCGUUUUUAAUUUAUUUUAUCCUUUCAAAUUUAUCCUUUGCUGCUUCCGAGUUCCAUUUCAGUAAUUUAUGUCAGCUUUUUAGUCGCAGGGUGGGAUUUCAGAUUUAUAAAUUUUAUAAUUUUUCCAUGUUCAUUGUAUGUGACAAUUAGGAAAAAUUAAAGCCCGUCUGUUUUCCCCAUUUGUAGCGGAAGCCUCUUUUUUGAAGUCCUUAAUUGUUUUUAUUGAAGCAAACAAAAAUCAGAAACAUUUGCCACUGAAUUUCCAUUCUGACGAUGUCAUUAUCAUAACCAGUUUCGUUUUUCAUUUCAAGUUUCUCUUAUUUUUAUCGCUAAUUUCUUCCAGAAUUUUAGAAGAGUGCAUCGAAGGAGAUUGAAACCAAUCAGCCCAUAGAUUUUGCAUGAAUUGAGAUCGAACAUAAAAUUGUUCAUUUUCCAAAUUUUAGCAGAAGAUAAUCCUUACAAUUAAAAGUUUCAAGUGAACAGUAUGCCGUCAGUUUUUGCAAAUAUUCAUGAACUGAUAUUGUGACUGCAUCAUUCAUAUGUCGAUUUGAUGUGAUGAAAAUCUAAUUGCUUGGUUUGAAUUUUGCCACUUUAUUAAAGCUGGAAAAAUUCAAAUGGACCAAUCAGACAAAAAUCUAAAACUCAGGUUUUUUUUUAUUAUUUUUAUCAUUUCACUAGAACCGACAAAUAUAUCCAAUGAUGCAAUCACUAAAUUGGUCCGCAAAAAGAUGGAGAAUGAAAUCUCUAAUGAUCUACAUUCUAUCCAUGUCAAUAUCUUAAUUUGCAUAUUCAUCAAUGCGCUCCCUAUUCUGAUUAAUACACAGAGCCAUUAACAUUCGACAAUCCUACUCUGCGUUUUUCUGAGUUUUACACUUUUCUUCUCAUUAAAGUAAGUGUUCAGGCGGCACUAUGAAUAUCUCUUGAACUUCAUUGUUGAGUGUAUUUUUAAGGCCAAUCGAUUGGAACUUAAUUUAUUAUCAUUCUUUUGAAUCUAUUAAUUUGAAAAAAUACCGAGCUGCUUUUAUGGGUUUUUAUUCAUUCUUUAUUUCUUGACCCUUCAAAAAAACGUUAUCUUUCGUUUUGUUUGAAUAAACUGCAUUCAUUCAUUCAUUCAUUAAAUUAUUUAUCAAUCUGUAAUGAGUAUGUAUGUAUACAUAUAUAUUUUUUUAAGGGCCUCCUGCUGAGAUUUCAUAGAAAAAUUUUUCAAUUGAAAAUAAAUUAAUUGAUGGAUUCCAGUUGAAUGAAUCAUUUUUGUCCAUUAUUAUUAGUGUUAUUUACAUACUUACCAUAAAUUUGAUGUAAGGUUUUGUUUCAUAGAUUUAUAAGUCAUUUAGGAUCAUUGUUAUAAAUUCUCCUUCCUUUCCAAAUCUCAGCAUAUUUUUGUGUAAGAAUUCCUAAUCAUAUGCUUUGUUCGUGCAGGUGCAAUCCAUGUCUAUUGAUUUCCGACCUUGUUUCUGCUCGUAGAAAUUGUUAUGGCUUUGGAAGUAGGAGAAAAUUAGAUUAAAUUGAAGUUGGCUUUCUCCUCUACGUACAGCAUAACCUAUGAUUUAGGUUGUGGAUCAAUAAAUUUCUGUGAUUCGUGUGCAAAUGCAGUCUUCAAGCUCAUUUGUCAACAUUUUUAAUUAUUUAUUAUUUUUUUAAAUUUUCUUGCUGUAAUUGCGUCUGCAAUUUAGUUCGAUCCAAAUUAUGAGUGAUUUUUAUCUGGGCUGACAAAUCUCCUUUAAUCGCCAUAUUUGUGGGUGGUUGAAUACAACAGAUACAAUUUCGAAAACAGUCAGUCAGGAAACCAAAUUUUUUAAUAUUUGGAAUCAUUUCUAAUUUUUACUAUGUGUUGAGUGGCAAGAAACAGUGGAACCCAAUUUUUGUAUUGAUAGUUUUGUUCUGGCACAUUAUAUGACUUUAAAAAAAAAUAGUGUGUUUCCUUCGGAAAAUACAAUUGUAAGUACAAUACCAUCUGAGAGUCCCUGAAUAUUGUGCGGCUCACCUACAAUGUUCGUAGAACCACAUCAGAAUAACAUCCAAAUCUUGCACUGUGCAAGCGUUAAGCUGUUUUCCAAUUUUUUAUCACCAUUUUGUCCAAUUUUUGAAAGGUAUCUUACUAUCCUUCUAAUGAAUCCCUCUAAAUAUUAAAGUUCUUAUGUGCAUUAGGAAUUUUUGAUCCAUCAAUGUAUUCCUUUGUAAAUUUGCAACUAAUUUGAUGGUGCCUCUUGUUAUUCUCUAAACUCAAUACUCUUUUAAUAUUAAGGCCGCAAUAGAGGAAGUAGCUUAGGCCUGUAGUUAUCUUAUUCAAUCUAAAUGUCCGUGGAGAGAUGGAGGCAUAGAGACAGGGAAUACAUCAGCAGAUUUUAGUCCAUACUCGUGGCAACCUUGUUAAUGCAUUUCCAUUGAUGUAACCCUUAAGAGUUCAACAUAAUAUAGAGGUCUCAUACAGUCAUAGGUCAUAGGUGAGGCAUCUCUUCCAUUGCAACCCCAACUUUAAGGCGCUCUUUGAACUUGAUAGUUGAUUUCAGAGAAAAGAGGCACCGGCAAGUGAUUUGCAAAAUGGAGCGCAGGGAUGAAUGCUGGAAUAAAAAAUGUCAGGUCUGUGGAAAAGUAAUUAGUAUCAUGCAUGCAACCAGUGAACUGUGCUUCAGUCCCCAAUUUUCAUCAAUAAUAAUUCAGUCAUUUAUCAAUUUUUUCCAGUUGUUUGUUGUCGAAAAAAAUAUCAUUACCAAGCUGUAAUGUAACUUUUUGUAAUGUUUGUCUCUUUAAAGCAGUGAUUGUAUUAAAUUUUAAAAUAUAGAACCCGCAUAGUAGUGAUUUUGUAGUCAUGAUGUAUUAAAGUACUAUGUGGUUUUUUUCAUUUUUUCUUCUUUCUUCAUCUCUUUUAUUCUUUUUCAUUCAUUUCAAAACCAACCCCAUAAUUUAGGUACGUUAAGUUGCUAAAAUACCAAGGUUUAAAAAUGGGAAACUUUCAUGAAAGUUUCCUCAUGGAGUAAUCAGGUCCAAAUUUGUGCAUAGCCUAAAUCUUUUUUCCACGCAAAACCCUCAAAAUUUACCAAUAUUCCAGUUUUUGCUAACUUCAUUGCAGGAAAAGAAAAUGUGCUGAAGAAAAAUUAUUCUCUCAGAAUCUUUUCCUUGUAUGAGCCGAUCAUACGGUAAUAAAUUUAUUAUUGCCAGUCUUGUUUUAUUGUCCUCCGUCACUAUGUACAAUCCUUAAAAGAAGCAACUCUUUAAAUUUUGGGAAAAUGAGAUCGUAUUCCAUUUAUGCUUGGUAACUUAGAGCUAUGAAUCUCAGGCCUUUGAAUUGAAGUUCCAUUGUCUCUUAAAAUUUAUCUCUAUCCCUUCCACUGAAAUUACAAGGGAUCUUUUUGUUUAUUACCACUUUUCGAACCUGUUGUCAUUUUUAUUUUUUUUUUUUGCCCAUUUUGUGUAUCUGAAUGAGAUGCAAGUUCUGCCCUUCGCAGAUUCUCGUGAAAUGAGACUUGUUAGUAAACUUGUUAUUAACUUAGGCUCGUUAGUUAUUACCUACAGCUUUAAAUUUUGGUAUGUGAACACCAAUGAUUUUAUCCUUUUAAGUUGUCUCAAUUUUAUUUUCGUGUAUAAAAGAAUGUACCCUCUUCAUAGUUUACAUCCUAGAAUGUACAUACCCGUUUUGUAUUAUGAUGUAAAUAAAUUUUGUAAGUUGAUAAAUUCAAAUGGUUUUACCGAGUAAAAAUGUUAACAUUUGUCUUUUCAUUCGGUGAAAUUUUGCGUCAUGUUAAUCUGUAGCAAUAAUAGUGUUAACAAAGUUCGAACAAGCUACUUUUCCUCAAGUGUUUACAGAGCUCUUUGUAACCUUACCUUUUGUCCCAUUUGUCCCUACUGAUUUAAAUAUUAUCUCUGUUCUUCACAUUUUGCUCAAACAAUUUUUCUUAUUUUUUCUUCUUUUCUUUGUUAUCCUAAGAUAAAGAAAUGGAGGAUGGAAGGAUUUUAAGUAGUAAACUUGUCUUGCCCUCAUUCAUACCUUUAGGUACUCAGUUUUUGGGCAGUAAUUUUACCUGUUUUUAACUUCCUAUCGAUAGUGACUUCCUAUUUUUAUUUCAAAAGUGGCUAAAGGAAAAAUACUAGUUUUUGCUUUGUUUUCAUCUAUAUUUUUCUAAUUACUGAAGCAAAGAUAGACUUUUAGUUAGAGGAGGAUAAUACAAUUAUAUUCAUCCAAUCCAAUUAAUUUAUACAUUUUUAUUUUUCGUUUUAUCUCUUUAAAUGAUUUUUUCUGCAGGAUUAAUUUUAUGCUUUGUCAGUUCUAAAUUUAGCAUGUAGAAGAAUGAAAAAAUUAAUUGAAUAUUUUUGCUUUUAAAAUUGUAUAAUUAAUCAGUAAAUCAUACUUUCUCAAAGGCCUCCAAUUGGCAAAUUUCAAACUAUGCUCCUCUUGAUGGAAGUUUGCCGUACGUAAAAAGAAAAAUGCAAGAUUGAUGCACAGAUAGUCUUCAAAGUGAAUAGUUCUUUUUUUGAUUUUUUCAAUGCUGCUGUUUUUAAAUUAUAAAAUAAAUUGCGGUGUGCAUUGUCCAAUAGCUUGUUGAGGAUCCCGGGUGCGUCAAACCCGUUACCUUAUCCGGGGCAGCUUGUGGUAGAAGUGAAAAUGAACAAUAAUAUUACAUAGCAUUGCAUCCUCAUUUGUGAAAGCCCCACAUUGUCCAAUAGCUUGUUGAGGAAUGGUUCUAAAAAAUCUUUAGACCUUCUUCUGAGUCUAUAAAUGGUCAGACCACUUCUAGUAUGGUCCAUAGCUUCGUGAUGGUGAAACUGUAGGAACGCUUAUUUCAUUUGCCAUGUUUAAAAAUUUUUGCCCUAAUUUCAUUUUAUCAAAAGAGAACAAACCAAUGGUAUUUCUUGUAUUUAGAAUAUUCUUCACAGAAAGAAGAAAACUCAAGAAAGUGUUUGAUGAAUAAUGUUGAGAAAUUUAGAAAUAAAGUACAACAGGAAGUGUGCAAAGUCGCGAACAGAGAUAUGCAUCCCUGCAGUUUCACUGUUGUUCUAUGAUUGUAUCAAGAGUCAAUGCAGGAAAAGGUAGAAAUUAUGUUGAUAUGGAAUGGAGAAAAGAAUGUUAAGUUUGUAAGCAAUGAGCAUCGUGUGUUAAUGUCUAAAACAAGUUGAUUAUUUUGUUGAUGAUUAAUUCUAUCCAUUACAUUUUAUCCGAAAUGAAUCAAAACCUUUGCUUCCAAAGAAUCGAGUAUGGAAGUAGCAUUGCUGUUAACUUCAAUGGUAUUUUACAUAAUCUGAUUUAGAAGAAAAAUUCCUUUUUAAAACUAAUGUUUCCCUUCUUGAAAAAGUAUAGUUAGUAGCCCACUAGUUUCAGUUCUGUACAUUUUUUAUGAUGUUAUUUUUAUUUUUAGCUAACAAGCCUCACUCAAUGACAAAUUCUUUCCUGUAAAUUUUCUCUUUUCUCAUCUCUAUCUGUCUCUUUUUUAUGAUCAUUAAAUUUAAUAAAAAAGAACAAACA